AUGGGAUCUCAAUCAACACUCCCCGAUUGGGCAUCAAAGCCUUGCAUUAUGGGCAUAGAUGAAGCUGGUCGUGGUCCCGUUCUUGGACCUAUGGUGUACGGAUGCUUGUAUUGUGCUCGCUCUUAUGAGAAGACUCUCUCUACCCUCAACUUUGCAGAUUCAAAGACUUUGAAAGAAGAGAAAAGGGAGGAGUUAUUUGAAAAUCUAAAGGCUGAUGAAUCUAUUGGAUGGGCUGUUGAUGUUAUUGAUCCGAGGGAGCUCUCGGCUAAAAUGCUUAAGAAGAAUAAGAUUAACCUGAAUGAGAUAUCGCAUGAUUCUGCCAGUGGCCUUGUGAAUAGGGUGCUAAACAUGGGAGUUCUCUUAACCGAGGUGUAUGUGGAUACAGUGGGAGAUCCUGAGAAAUAUAGAAUAAAACUGUCCAAUAGAUUUCCUUCUGUCAAGUUUGUCGUUGCAAAGAAGGCUGAUAGCCUUUAUCCAGUUGUGAGCGGAGCAAGUAUUGUUGCAAAGGUUACAAGAGAUCGGGCCUUGCGAGAAUGGGUACUUGAUGAAACAGCUGAAAACAUGACUAGGAAUUUUGGAUCUGGAUACCCUGGAGAUCCUGAAACCAAGGCUUGGUUGGCACAACACCAACACUCAGUAUUUGGCUUCCCAACAUUGGUCCGAUUCAGUUGGGGUACAUGCACAUCCUAUUCCAAGAACAUGGUUGAAGUUUUGUGGGAAUCUGAUCAAACAGAGGAAGAUGGUUGUAGUGGUAGCAGUGGUAAGCGGCAACUAAAAUUGAGCAGUUUUGGUGUCACAACACCCAAGAGGAAAAGUGAAGAAACUGAAUCAAGUGCUAAAAGCCGCUGCAAGUUUUUCCAGACUCGUAAACUUGAGCAACUUAGUAAAUUCUAG